CAAUCUGCUCACAAUAAGUUUGAGAUUUCGAUGCACACAACCAGUGCUAUAGAUUUCGCACUUCACAUUUUCAUCUCAUCUCAUCACCAACACCAUGACAGCAGACGAUCUCGAAGACGGACUUGAGUACGAAGUUGACUUCGCUCCUAGUGAUAAUGAAGCUGAUCCAUCCUUAGUGGACCAUGAAGACUUACCUGUUGAGGGACAGAAGGAUGUUUCUUCUACCCCGAUGGUGACAGAAGCCAUUACUGGUAAGAAAAGGAAGCAAAAGACGAACAAGUUACAAGACAAAAAGAGGAUAAAAAUGGAGAUGGAUAUUCAACAGAAGAAAGAUCUCUCUAAGGAAACAUCACCUGAAGUUAUUGCAGACUUCAUUAACCAAAAAAUUCGUCACAAGAAUGAUGACUUAUCUACUUUGGAGUUGGCCGAAUUAUACUUCAACAAAUCCGACAUAAGAUCUUCGGCCGAGUUUGAAGAAGCCAGAACCUUAGAAAACUUGUCCAAGUACCUCACUGGUCGUUUCAAGAAUAUGUUACCUUCCAAAAAGGAAAAGAAAGAGAAGAAGAACAAGAACAAAAAGGAAACCACAGGAAAGGCAGAAGAUGACAAGAGCAACGCUGAAGAAAGAAAGUUCAUUGCCAUAGUGUCCAUGUCAGCCAUCCGUGCUUGCGAUGUCCACCGUUCUACUAGAGAAUUGGAGGGCUCUUCUCUCAAGCUCAUUAACAAGAACAAGGUAGAUGUGGAUUUGAAGCUUGUUAAGACUACAAGAUCCAGAGUAUUAUGCUGCACCCCCGGGAGAUUGAUAAAGGUUUUAAACAGUGAAGGUGGUGAGUUAAGAAAGGAUGAGAUCAAGAUUGUAAUUGUUGACAACAGUUACUUGGAUUCCAAGUGUCAAAAUAUAUGGGAUAUAAAAGAAACCACCGAAGUAUUGAAGGAGUUAACCAAAGAAGGCUCGAAGAUUUAUCUUUAUUAGAUACUCAUGCGUGAAUACGAGUCAAUUCUACACUACGGGUAAGUUAGAUCAUCAAAGAAAUCGUAACAAUGCA